ACUAGUACAAAAUUCAAUGAGCUCAUCCCUUGUUUUCCUCCCAAAACAGAAUUUCCCAUUCCCAGACUUUCACCAGAUGGAGAAGGAGGCUGCAAGGAAGAGGAAGAUGUCCCGGGACACCCAGGCAGACAAGGAGCUGAGGAUGGAGACCAGGGAGGACAAAUCUCUGCAGCAGAACCUCGUGGCAGAGGCCGUUUUGAACAGCUCCAUGGUGCCAGAAUCCAACAGGGAGGAAAAUCCCCAGAGAUCCCACAGGAGGAGGGGCUGCAAGCCCAGCCCAGGCUGCUCUGAGGAGGAAAGACCCACCCUGUGCCAGGAAGGGGGGCAGAACUGCAGCCAGAGCCCGGAGCUGGUGGUCCAUGAGCAGGUUCAUGAUGGGGAGAAGCCCUACAAGUGCUUGGAGUGUGGGAAGAGCUUCAGGCGGAGCAACAACCUGAUCCAGCACCAGAUGAUCCCCACUGGGGAAUGGCUCUACGAGUGUGGGGAGUGUGGGAAGGGCUUCAGCUGCAGCUCUGCACUUGUCAUCCACCAACGCAUCCACACUGGGGAGAGGCCCUACGAGUGUCCCGAGUGUCAGAAGAGCUUUCACACCAGCUCCAGUCUCCUUGUGCAUCAGCAGAUUCACACAGAUGAAAGGCCCUUCCGCUGCCCUGACUGCAGGAAGGGUUUCAAGCACAACUCCACCCUCGUCAAGCACCGGCGCAUCCACACCGGGGAGAGGCCCUACGAGUGUGGGGAAUGUGGGAUGAGCUUCAGCCGAAGCUCCAGCCUGAUCCAGCACCAGAGGAUCCACACCAGGGAACGGCCCUACCAGUGUGGGGAAUGUGGAAAGAGCUUCCGCCAGAAGUCCCACUUGAUCCGCCACCAGAACAUCCACUCUGGGGAAAGGCCAUACAAGUGUGGGGAAUGUGGGAAGAGCUUCACCCAGAGGUCCAAACUGAUCAUCCACCAAAUGAUCCACACCGGUGAGAGGCCCUACGAGUGUCCCAAGUGUCAGAAGAGAUUUCAGACCACCUCAGAUCUCCUCCAGCACCAACGGAUUCACACCGAGGAGAGGCCCUUCCUCUGCCCUGACUGCGGGAAGGGCUUCAAGCACAACUCCCACCUCGUCACCCACCAGCGCAUCCACACUGGGGAGAGGCCCUACAAGUGUCCAGAGUGUGGGAAGAGCUUCACCCAGAGCUCUAACUUGACCAAACACCAAUGGACCCACCGGUAAGGGAAGCCCUGCAAGUGCCCCAACUGCAGGAAGAGCUUCAUGCACUGCCUCUACUCCAUCCCCCAUUGGAGGACUCACAUUGGCAGAGCCCUGGUGACCCACAUUCCAUGUGAUCCAUGUUGGGAAGACACCUGUCUGGCUAUCCUUUUGGUUUGGCCCUAAUUUUUUUGUGAUUUAUCUUCGUCCCUUAAAACUACAUGAAAUAGGACUACAAAGAAAGAAAUUGAUCACGAAUGUCUCAAGUCCCACCAUUUCACAUGUAUUUCAGGGGGAAUUUAUGGUUUGGGGACAUAUUCUGGAAAAUUUGUAGGUACUUUGGGGAUUUCAGAUAGUGUUCUCCAUCUCUUUGCAUUCCAAAAGUCAAGAGGGAUCGGUCUGUCAACUCAAAAGCACUCAGUCCCACUGAAAACUGCUCAAUCUUACCCCAAAAAUGCACAAGUCCACAUCAAAUUGGCUUGUUCCCACCUCAGAAAAACUCAGUCCCAUACUGAAAUUACACGAUUGCACAGCCUCCAGGGUGAGAUGGGCUUGGAAGGAGAUGGGGAGAAAUGGGAUCCAAAUUUGAGGGUGUGGGAUCAGGUUUGUGUGGGACUGUGUGUGUGGGAUAUAUUUUGAUAGUAAAUAAAACUUUCAGAAUUCUU